AUGAACUUAAAGCUUCUUGUGGUGGCUGCUAUGGCAGCAGCUGCACCAAUUAAAGAAGUGAAGCGUGACGACGCCGUUACCUUGACAACCACUGCCAAUAUCGGCUGGGCUGAGCUACUCGGAGGAAGUGCAGCAACCUCUACUGCUGCCGCUGCUGCUCCAGCUGCUGACCCAACUACGACUUCUGAGGGUUUCUUUGCUCAGCUUUUCGGUGGAAAUGCUGCAACCACUCUGACUCCAGCUGCUGCCGCUACUCCAGCUGCUGACACUGCUGCUGCAGCCACCACCUCGUCACAAGGCUUUUUCGCUCAACUAUUUGGUGGUCUGGCUGCAACUUCUACACAGGCUGCACCAGCUGCUGCUUCUUCGACUGCUGCUGCCACUUCUACACUGUCGACUGGUAGCGGCUCUGGUGGAUUUUUCAGUUCCUUGCUUGAUAUCUUCAACAAUAAGGCUGGCUCAUCUUCGUCAUCGACUCCAGCUUCUUCGACGUCACAAGACUCGGGUUCAUCCUCCUCUUCCCUGGGCGGAUGGUUCUCGAACUUGCUUGGCGGUUUGUUCGGAAACUCAUCUGGCUCCUCCGGCUCAUCUGGCUCCUCGAGCUCUGUAGGCGCUUCCUCCGCUUAUACCCCAUCGCUGAGCUCCAACCCCUUUGGUGCCGCAAGCAGUUCGGGCAGAGAUACCCCCGGCUUCACCGAACCUGUGACCGUUGACGGCACUGGUGAUGGUUCAGGCUCAACUAACCCCGACUCGCUGAGCGCCGAUAUCGCCUCCAGCACCCAGGUUGCACAGGUUGCUGCCUAUGCUGAGAAGGGCGGUGGUAUUACUUACUCGCCCUACACCAAGAGCGGUCAGUGUAAGACUGCCAGUGAGGUUGCAUCCGAUAUUUCCAAAUUGAAAGGUUACGGCCUCAUCAGACUCUACUCUGUGGACUGUUCGGGUAUUCAGAAUGUUGCAAGUGCUAUCAGCUCCUCCCAGAAAAUGUACUUGGGUGUGUGGUCGAUUGACAACUUGGACAACGACUUGAGCCUGUUGGCUCAGCAAGUCAACUCCGGCUCUCGUGGAUGGAGUGCUGUUCACACCGUUGCCAUUGGUAACGAGCUUGUGAACGCCGGCACAAAGACAGCCACCCAGGUUGCCAAUGCUGUGAAAGAGGCCAGACUGUGGUUUAAGCUGAACGCUCCUUCUUACUCCGGUUACAUUGUUACUGUCGACACCUUGGCUGCCGUGAUGAACGACGCCUCCAUGUGUGACAUUUCUGACUAUCUCGCAGUGAACUGUCACCCAUACUUCAGUGGAAUUGAGGCUUCAACAUCUGGAACCUGGUUGAAGAGUCAGGUUGCCUCUUUGAAGAGCCACUGUAACAAUGGCAAGGACAUCCUCGUUACUGAGAGUGGCUGGCCAUCUUACGGUAACACGGUCGGUGAUGCUGUGCCUUCUUUGAAGAAUCAGUACGCUGCUGUGAAGGAUUUGGGCAAUGUUAUGGGCUCUUCGGUGAUCAUGUUCACCAUGUAUAACGACUACUGGAAGGACCCUGGUAGCUGGAACGUUGAACAACAUUGGGGCAUUUAUGGUGACCCCAGCGUUUAA